AUGAAGUAUUUGGUGAUUGUGCUCCUCAUUGGUUUCAGUUUAUUGGUAGAUGUUGAAUCCUCUGUCAUCGAAGUCAUUCCAAAAGACAAUGGAACUCAAGCAGCUAUCAGCCAUCAUGAAGAAAAUGUUGUGCGAAAUAAAUCGAAUGGGCAUCCUCGCCACAUAGUUUUCAUACCCUUCUUGAGACCUUACAAAAGUAAUGAUAAUAGCUCAAAUGAUACCUGUGAAGAUUCGGAUGAUGAUUUUCCGGAGUUUUUCCUCACAGACAAGCAGAUAAAGUAUGGAGGUAUCAUAAUAGUCAUCCUUAUAGGAAUCUAUGGUUUCACGCUAUUAGCAGUUGUGUGCAAUUUCUAUUUCUUACCAUGUGUUGAAACUAUCUGCGAAGUAGUACAUCUAACACCAGAUGUUGCGGCAGCAACAUUUAUGUCAGUUGCAACUUCUACACCUGAACUUUUUACGAACAUCAUAGGUACUUUUGUGACCCAAUCAGACCUCGGUAUUGGUACAAUCGUCGGUUCUUCACUAUUCAACGGUCUUGGAGUCGCUGCAAUUGGAAGUUUGGCAGCACCUCGCCCGCUGCAGCUUGACUGGUGGCCUGUGACGAGAGAUUGCUCCAUCUACGUCUGCGCAGUUGCCAUCUUGGUGGUCAUCACAUGGGACGGCGCAAUCUUCUGGUACGAAGCGACAAUCCUGAUGAUCGCCUACAUAGCCUACUUCACUAUCAUGUUCUUGAACACGCGCAUAUCCAACUUUGUGAGGAGCAAAUUCGAGAGGAAGAAAUCGGACAUCAAACCUGAAAGGUACCAGCAGGCAGCAGAUGCAAGGUUGUCUAUUAUAUCUGCGUAUGGUGCCUACAUUGAUACUACGACUACUCCGGGGUAUGGAGAGGAACAUCAGAAAACGCUGGACAAGAUAGAAGCAGAGGAUCAAGAAAAAGCACAUCAAUCAUUGUUUCGAAGACCCGAUGGCACUUGGUUCCAAAAAUGCAUAUUCUACUAUACGUGGCCUCUGCAAUUGAUCCUGAAAUGCACAAUGCCUAAUCCGAAGAUACAUCCGAAAUUGUUUCCGAUCACAUUUAUCAUGUGUAUUGUUUGGAUCGGUAUCAACUCUUACAUAGUGUCGUGGAUGAUAAGCAUCAUUGGUAGAUUGACAAAUCUUCCCGAUUCAGUGUUGGGAAUGACAUUCAUUGCUGCAGGAGCAUGCUUACCAGAAUCUAUAUCCAUGACCAUCAUUGCUAGAAGAGGUGAAGGCGCAUUCGGAGUAUCCAACUCCUUGGGAGCCAACUCCAUGAACAUACUCUACUCUCUGGGCAUGCCGUGGUUCUUCAAGACACUCGCCAACGGGGCCUCCAAAAACUCCCCCGUUGUCAUCCAAUCGGGAUCCAUAGAAUACACCAUCCUCGCCCUAAUCUUCGUGGCCGUGUCUUUGUACACCACUUUGGCGUGCAACGGAUUCAGAUUAUCGAAGAGAACCGGAGUAAUACUCAUCGUCAUCUACAUCACCAUGGUGGUGUUGUCGGUAGUGUCGGAAAUGCUGUUCCUUGGUGACACUAAAAAGUGCUAG